GGCAGAAAGUGGAACAAAGGUUCUUCAUGUGAUAACCUCUGUUAAGAGGUUAGGGUGGUUCAGCUUUAAGUAAAGAUUCAUGUUAUGCCUUGUGACAGCACCGUGUUAGGCGGAAAGUACCCUUCCUUAAUUUUGGCUGCAUCUGUUCUGUUCGAAAACAGGAGACUGCCAAUAGCCACCGUGGAACAGCUUCAACAGGAGAAAUUGAGGAACCACCUCUCCUGAGAGGAGGGAGACCCCUGUUCAAAUCCUUCCCCCUCCCCUCCACCCUGGGCAGAGAAUCAUGAAUUGAGCCUCUGUCUCCCACAUCCCAGGUGAAAUUAAAUGACUUGAAAAUGGAUUCAUCUUCUCCUGAGUUCCCAGUGACCGUUUUAGAACAAACUGCCUCACAGCUAGGAUGCAAUCCAGCAGAUCAGAAACUUGCUUUGCACUUAGAUGAAGAAGAUGAGCUGAAACACCUCCGUGAAUGUUUCCAUAUUCCAAAAGUCAAGGAUCUACCUCCAACUGACUCAGCUUUAGUGAAUGAAAAUGAAAGCUGCAUAUACUUUGCUGGGAAUUCUCUUGGACUUCAGCCAAAAAAAGUUAAAGCUUACCUGGAUGAAGAGUUGGAUAUGUGGGCUAAAAGAGGUGUACAUGGUCAUUUCAAUGGUAAGCGCCCGUGGGCUUUUGGAGAUGAGUGCAUCGUGGAGCUUAUGGCUGAUAUUGUGGGUGCUCGAAAGGAAGAAGUAGCCUUAAUGAAUGGCCUAACUGUUAAUCUGCAUCUCCAGAUGUUAUCUUUUUUUAGCCCUACUCCAAGUCGUUACAAAAUUCUUCUAGAAGCCAAAGCCUUUCCCUCCGACCAUUAUGCUGUUGAGUCUCAGCUUCAGCUUCAUGGACUUGAUGUGGAGAAAUGCAUGCUCAUGAUACAGCCACGCAAGGGGGAGGAGACCUUGAGAAUUGAAGAUAUCCUUGACAUAAUUGAGAAGGAAGGGGACUCUGUUGCUGUAAUUUUGCUGAGUGGAGUGCAGUACUACACAGGACAGCUGUUUGACAUCCCCAGAAUAACAAAGGCUGGCCAAGAAAAGGGUUGCUAUGUUGGCUUUGACCUGGCUCAUGCUGCUGGUAAUGUAGAACUGCAUUUACAUGACUGGGGGGUAGAUUUUGCCUGCUGGUGUUCCUACAAGUAUUUAAAUUCUGGAGCUGGGGGCCUGGCUGGUGCCUACAUUCAUGAGAAACAUUCCCAGACUAUAAAACCAGCGCUAAUAGGCUGGUGGGGUCAUGAAUUCAAAACUAGAUUUCUCAUGGAAAACAAAUUGCAACUAAGUCCUGGAAUCAAUGGAUUUCGGUUAUCAAAUCCUCCAAUGUUAUUGGUCUGUGCACUGCAUGCUAGUUUAGAGGUCUUUGGUCAAACUACAAUGAAAGCACUGAGAAGGAAAUCCAUUCUGCUAACGGGUUACUUGGAGUAUCUGAUAAAGCAUUACUACAGUGAGGAUAAAGCAAAUCCAGAGAAACCCUUUGUAAAAAUAAUCACACCACCUCAGAUUGAGGAAAGAGGAUGCCAGCUCACACUAGUUUUUUCUGCUCCAAUCAAAUCUGUAUUUAAAGAACUGGAAAAAAGAGGAAUAGCUUGUGACAUGCGAGAACCAAAAGCUCUUCGUGUUGCCCCAGUUCCUCUCUACAAUUCUUUCCAUGAUGUACACAGAUUUAUUGGAAUCCUGGGAUCUGCAAUUACAUCUGCAAAACAGGCAGCAAACAAUGCUGCACUAUCCUGAUCUUAUUGAUGGCUCAGCUGUAUCUUUUAAUCUAUUUCUGACUAAGAUGCAUUUAUUCUUCUGAGCAAUUCUGUCCUUCUAGUAGACUAGGCUAUAUUCACUGCAAUUUACAACAACAACAACAAAAAGGGGGUGAGGGUGAUUGAAUAGUUAUUUACAACAGACUGUACUUUUUAUUAAAGCUAAUAUUUCCUCUUUGCUUUGACUUUGACUACACAAGUUCUUAUGAUCUGUACAUUUUAAUGGGGCUUUUCUAAAACAUUUUAUAGUUUCAUUCCAUUAGGCUUGAGAAGAGGAACAAGUGAAGACUUCAAUAAAUAAAAAAAUAAAAAAUCUCAUUGUACUAUAACAAUAUGAUGCAUAACAAAGAAUGGAAAUAUUAGGCUUAUUACUUCAGUAAUGUACCAAAAGUUUGCAACCUAUUUUGCAGUUUUAAUUAGCAUCAAUUCUGUUUAAAUAAAUGCAUAGGUACAUUUUAAAAA